AUGGACAAUUCUUGCGACGAACGAGCACCGUUGCUCUCUCAGGCCGAGUCAGACCUCCACCCGCAUAUUUCACAUCCUCAAGAAGAUGAUACCCAAAAUGAGUAUACUGUGUCCUAUCGAGUUCUACCGAUAUCAUUAUUUGCGUCUUUGGGAAUGGCAGCCACGAUAGCGACAACUAUAUAUGCCUACGCGAAUCUGCUGUGCGCUGAUCCGAAAGCCUGCAAAGAUGGCGAGCAAAGUGCAUAUGCUGCAGUGGUAGCAAUCGCCAAUGGAAUCGCACAUACAGUAGCGAUCCUGAUCUUAGGGCCACUGGAGCAUCUAGUGAAGACGCAGCUGAAAGCAGGCCUAGCUUUAUGGAUCGUAUGCCGAGCUGCGAGUGUCCUGUGCCUGGUUAUUGGCGGUGAUUCCUCCUCCCCAUACCUUCAAAUAGAAAUGGCACUUCGAAGCGUUCCAAUUGCUGUAUCAGGGCGGCUCUUUGAAGGCAUCGCAUCGGACAAUCUUCUUCAUUUUAACCUCAACACGAUCUAUGUGUCUACUGCUUCGCCGUCAGCACCAGAGACAUCUCGCCUUAUUGCGGCAUCAUUAGCCUUAUAUAUGGUAGGAACAGCCGUGGGGCCUAUGGCUGUUACUGUCUUUCAAAACUAUACUGCCAGUUUCACCACAGCAGUGGCGAUAUUUGCUGUCGCUAUGGUAUACCUGAUGGUGUUCGUACCGAAUCCCACGGCAAAGCAUGUAUCAUCCGGGCCAGAAGAUGCAGAGUCCAUCCAGGAAAGGGUAUCAGACAAGUCAAGGUUGAUGGUUCUGCUGUCACCAUUACAACCAUUCUAUGAUAACCCGCUGGUCAUCCCCUAUGGCCUAUCGUUGCUGUUGUACACAGCCGUUCAAGGCCAUCUUUUCCCUGUGAUCAUGGUUUUCGCCUCUAUCCGCUUUCACUUUGCCAGCCUGGAGAAUGGUCUCCUAGUCUCUGUUGCAGCAGCUUGCGCCGCACUCCAAAUACUGGUGAAAGUGUACAUCGCGCCGGGAAUUGCCAGACUGCUGGGGCGUCAGUCGGCCACUACAAGCGACAAUGCCAACCGAAACACGGUUGUAGCAGCUGUCUGCAUUCAAAUGACGGCCCUGGUAGCUAUGACUCGAGUAACCAGUGCUGUCCAGCUGUAUCUGGCGGUUGCAAUCUCGGCUGCCGGGCUUGCGGUGCCGGCGUUUUUCAAGAGCCACUUCGUCUCGUUCAUGCCGAACGCCUCCCAAGCCAUCUCGGCUCUAACGUUCAUGGAGAGUAUCGGAGGGCUAGCCUCCCCUUUCUUCCUAGGCUCGUGGCAGGCUGUUUUCCCGGGUCAAUCAGUGUUUUUCUUCGCAGUUGGUCUUUUGGUG